GCCAGACGACUCCCUGCAGUGCAAAUGAGGACCAUGCCCACUGGCCCACGUGGGGAGGGGAUGUAGAGGGACAGCGGCGCCGGCCGCUCCUGGCACCAUGGAUGAUGCCGCGGUCCUAAGGAAGAAGGGUUACAUCGUGGGCAUCAAUCUGGGCAAGGGCUCCUAUGCCAAGGUCAAGUCUGCCUACUCUGAGCGCCUCAAGUUCAACGUGGCGGUCAAGAUCAUCGACCGCAAGAAGACGCCCACCGACUUCGUGGAGAGGUUCCUUCCUCGGGAGAUGGACAUCCUGGCGACCGUCAACCACCGCUCCAUCAUAAAGACCUAUGAGAUUUUCGAGACAUCAGACGGUCGCAUCUACAUCGUCAUGGAGCUCGGGGUCCAGGGCGACCUCCUUGAGUUCAUCAAAUGUCGGGGGGCUCUGCAUGAGGACGUGGCGCGCAAGAUGUUCCGCCAGCUUUCCUCAGCCGUCAAGUACUGCCAUGACCUGGAUGUCGUCCACCGCGACCUCAAGUGUGAGAACCUCCUCCUUGACAAGGACUUCAACAUCAAGCUGUCAGACUUCGGCUUCUCCAAGCGCUGCCUGCGGGACGGGAGCGGCCGCAUUGUCCUCAGCAAGACCUUCUGUGGUUCAGCAGCAUAUGCGGCCCCCGAGGUGCUGCAGGGCAUCCCCUACCAGCCCAAGGUCUAUGACAUCUGGAGCCUGGGCGUGAUCCUCUACAUCAUGGUGUGUGGCUCCAUGCCCUACGACGACUCCGACAUCAAGAAGAUGCUGCGCAUCCAGAAGGAGCACCGCGUUGACUUCCCACGCUCCAAGAACCUGACAGGUGAGUGCAAGGACCUCAUCUAUCGCAUCCUGCAGCCGGACGUCAGCAGGCGGCUGCAGAUCGAUGAGAUCCUCAGCCACUCCUGGCUGCAGCCGCCUAAGCCCAAGGCCAUGUCCUCAGCCUCCUUCAAGAGGGAGGGGGACAGCAAGUAUCGAGCCGAGUGUAAAUUGGAUGCUCGCCAGGCCUCCCGGCCCGAGCACAAGCUGGGAAACAAAGCCCAGCAAAGGCUUCUAGCGAUGCCGGAGAAGGAGGACAAGGUGGAAGAGAGGCUGGCCGAGACCCCCAGGACCAAAGACCAUCACAUCUCCGGAGCUGAAGUGGGGAAAGCCAGCACCUAGCAGUGGUUGAGGACCCGGGAGGGGCACUGCUCGUGGUGUGUGCUUCCCGUACACCAAGUAGGCAGAUAGGAGCGGAAGAAGGCACAGGUGCACCGAACAAGUAAAAUUCAUCAAUUAAAACACUAUUUUGAUUACGUUCUAUUAGCUUUCUUCCACUUAGUAGCGAAGACGUUAAAAAAACUGCUGACAGUCAAAUAAACCAUGAAGUGUAUACCAG